CAGUUUAUCAGCCGUUUGUAAAAUCUAGGGUUUACAUUUUGGGGCUAUAGAGAGAUAGAGAGUAAUUGCAAUGGAGGACGGCGAUGCCGUGCUUAAACGAGCUCAUGCCGAUUACGGUGGCUACGAGGAAGAUGUGAUCGUCGAUAUCCUAGCGAGGCUACCCGUCAAGUCGUUGAUGCGAUUCCGGUGCGUCUGCAAGUCAUGGCGUGCUUUGAUCUCUGAUCCCUAUUUUGUGAAGAAACACUUCUCAUGGAGAACUGAGACCUACAAGCUCAAUUUCAAUAUAGAUCCUCCCUUGUUCUUGGACUUGAAAGCCUUGAAAGAUGUGAAGAACGGUAAUGAUGUUCAGUUAGCGGUCACUCGGGGGGCUGGAUUUUCCGGUAUCGGAAACUAUCCCUCAUCCUAGUCAUAGAAGAGUUGUUGGUUCUUGCGAUGGCUUGAUAUGUGUAGAAGUUAGCUUCAAAGGAAUUGAUUCUAUCAUGUUAUGGAACCCUUGUACUAGAGACUCCAAGGUUUUAUCCAACCCUCCUCUAGUUAUAGAGCCUAAAGAUAGCAAUUACUACUAUCAUGGAUUUGGGUAUGAUUCUGCUACCGACGACUACAAGGUCAUGCGGGGAUUCGCUUAUGAUGCAAAUGGUGCGGAGAAAUUCAUGACUCAAAUCUUUGCACUCAAAACAGGUUCAUGGAGGACUGUCAAAGAUAUUGAUUAUGUUGAACUGACAGAGGGGCAGGGAGUGUUUUUAAACGGAGCUCUGCAUUGGUUAGGGGAUCUAUCCGAUGGGGACAGAAAAAUUUUGUCCUUUGAUUUAGGGGCGGAGAAAUUUCAGGAGACGAUUCCAUUACCCUAUGAUGACUGGUUUACUGAUCUCUUGAUUCAUAGAAAUCGUCUUUGUGUAUGCACUCGCCCAACUAAAUCCAACAGCUGCCACAUAUGGAUGAUGAAAGAAUAUGGGGUCAAGGAAUCCUGGACUGAACUGGUACAAUUUUCGUUGGAUAAUUAUGUAUGGGGUCCUGAGGAUCAUAGGCAUUAUGUCAGCCCUGUGUGCAUUUUAGAGAAUGGUGUAGUUUUGAUCGACGGGUUGGGUUGUUAUGAAUGGCUCAUGGUAUUUUCUGAUCUAAAGGAGAAGACAUUCGAGCAUGUUUUUCACGUCUCACAGGGCUUGUGUUUUAGAACAGUCAUUCACCGUGAGACGUUAGUUUCACCAGACGUCCACACAUACAAAACCAACUAUGUGAGCUAGUCUUGUUGCUGAGAAGUUCUCGAGGAAAUAGGGAGGCGAAAGUGCUUUUGUAGAAGUAGCCUGCUUGUAUAAUUAAAGGCAGGCGUCAUUUUGAGGGCGGAGGUAUGUGUAAUGUUUCUCCUUCACUUGGAAACAAAUUGGGAGAUUCAAAAAGUCCUUUGCUUAUGUAGAAACUGGUUGCAGUGUUGUUUAUAGAUAUUGUACUAAGAGUGAAAUUUCUCGUCUUUGCAAACUUAUCAAUGUUAUUUCUUAUGACUAAUGUUAGCUCUUGUUAUCCAUUCAAUAGUACUUAUUACAUAUGAACUCCUUUAGGCUUUAGCCAGGACAGAAGAAACUUACCACUGUUAAGAGAGAGCAAUGGAAUUAGAUUUUCCAAAAGAAAAAAGUCAUUAUCAUUGGUAUCAAUAAUAGGUUGUCAGGCUGAUGAAGUGAUUUGCUAUAUGGUAUUGAAAUUAAUGGAGCUGAAAAAGUUGUUUGAAUCUCUACUCGUCUGAUUAUGAAGGGAAUUUUGUCCCAAUGGUCCCUGAAAUUUUACACCUUAAAGACUUCGAUAUCUCAAGUUCCGAAAACAUUAGAAUGGUACCUCAUCGUUUUCAUCCCGAGCCAGCUUUGGUACUUUUGUAGUUUCCACCUUUAAACUCACUUGAAACACAAUUGUAUGAGUAUCUUACUAUCUCUUGUCCUACAAAAAAGGCUCAAAAGGAAACGAGCAACAAGGGAACAUGCUCAAAUUGAAAGUAACCAAACACUCGACAGCAUGAAGUAUGGGCUUUUUAGACUUGGGAGUUGGGAUCUUCUUGUAGCCAAUGAAU